AUGCCGCAGACGCAGACUUCUCCAUUUAUCUUAUAUUCCCAAGACAUCGAUGAGUGCUCCUCUGAUCCUUGUUUAAAUGGCGGACUGUGUAGUGACCAAGUCAACAGAUACAGUUGCAGCUGCCUACCAGGAUACACCGGCAACCACUGCGAGACUGAUAUCAACGAGUGUUCCAGCAAUCCGUGUUUGAAUGGAGGAACGUGUAUUGAUGGUGUGAACAAGUUCCACUGCAACUGUCCUACAUACAUUAACGGAAUAACGUGCGAGACAAUAGAUGUUCAAGAUCCUGUAGCCCUGUACCCUUUAAAUGCUGCUUACACCACAAAGGAUAUGAUGGGGAGUCAACCGGACGGGAUCGCGUCCAAUGUGCAGCUUGCGGUUGGACCUCACGGGGACACAGGUGGGUCGUACCAGUUCUGGGGUACGUCUAACAGCUACAUCGAACUCCCAAAUAACGGAGGGCUAGACACGCAGUACUCUCUGUCGCUGAUCAUGUGGGUGCUACCUGAAGGACAAAAUGGCCCUGUCUUCAACUACAGACCUUCAGGGCCUUGGGCUGUUCACCUCUGGAUAGUUAACGGAAAUUUAUUUUUCCGUCUGGCGAACAGAAAUGACGUUAUGGUCAGCUCUUUGACCAGUCCGGUUAACUGGGGGCAAUGGAUCUACGUCGGUGCGUCUUAUGAUUACAACAGUGGAAUUGCCAGGCUUUGGAUCAACGGAACACAAGUUAAACAGUCCACUUUAGGAGUCUUUACUUUGAGUACUUUUACUAAUGUCAGGCUUGGCGUAAAAAGUGACGACGGCAGAUACUUUAAGGGCAGAAUUUCCAGAGUACAAGUUUACAACAUUGCACUAAAUCGAGAACAAUAUUUGGCUGCUAAAUCAAGAGGGCAAGGCUAAAUAUUCAGGCUGUGAUCUUUAAUGAUUAGUAGCUGGUACAAUGUGAUUGUCCUGGCGGGACUAUUCGUUAAAUUAUGAAUGUGUGGUGAACGAUCAAGGUGUCUACAAUCUAGCUGAUUAAUCUAUCUUCGGAGGGUCUAAACUCCUGGAUUUUCAGCCUGAAGUGAACUAUCAUAGGGAAAGUCUGCAUACAAGCUAAAUUGCCCAUCAGGCCGGAGCUCAUCCCGGUUUCUGUGGCACGAAGCGACU